CAUGUCGUCUCUGAAGAGGAGAGCUGAAGGGAGUCCUCACCGCGGUGAUGAUGCUAACACAGAAUUGGCAGAAGCCCGACCGGUCAGCGCUUUUGCGGCAGCACGCCAGCGCGCUCUAGAGAUUUCGUCUGGUUACGUGGGUGUCGCAUUCAAAGCUGUGGAAUUAGAGCUUAGCAGCGAGCAACCGUUCCCUAGUAGCUCGAACUCUAAUCCGGCUGAGGAUGCUAACCCUAAACACGAUUUGGAUGAAGAAAACGACAGCCCUGAAGAGAUUUCUCGAGUCGAUUCACCCCUAACGACAUGGAAAGGAAACCAAACCGACAUACUAACUGACGCCCACAAGGAGCUGAUUGUCCAACUUCGGCACCGCGAGACUAUUGUAAACAUCGGAGUCUACGAUAUUGUCGUCGAAUCAGGGGCUGUCAUUCUAAAUGGUGCCGUUUUAAAGGCAAAGAACUCGCCGCAGCGCGUCUUCGCUCUAUGUACGCACUCUUUGCCAGUUGUUGAAGCAAUUGGAGCAUCUGUUGUUUGCUUCAAAACGUGCCCUAGUAUGGAGCUAUUGGAACAACUCUCCGAUUUAUUCUCGAAAAUCGGGGCCAUUAAAAAGGAAGGAGAAUAUCAUCGCUCCUUUGUAAUGGCCUAUCGGAAUAUAGGUGAUGAGUUGAAGCGCUCGCUGAUUCCAGUGGCUGCUCUGUCGCCAAGUCUCAUAUUGAAGUUAUGCAUUACUAAAUACCCAAGAAUAAUGAUUGCGGGUACAAAACUCAGCGGGAAAAACACGUACGCGAAUUGUUCGAUCAACCAUAUGUUGACUUCACUGGGGGACGAUCCUGUGGUCUCUGUCUUCUAUUUGGACCUGGACACUACCAAGCCAGAAUAUACACCGCAAGGCCAGGUUGCUUUGGUCCAGGUAAGGAAGCUCAAUUUCGGUCCUCCAUAUACCCAUCCAGCCCCAAUGCCCGAUGACGGAAAGGACAAUCACAUUAUUUGGUCACACUGCAUGCCAUUGAAUGCUGUUACAGAGUACCCUGAGUACUUCUUCCUUUGCGUGAGCAAUCUUAUAGACCGCUAUGAGGCGCUUCGCUCCUAUCAUUCUAAGGCUAUACUUGUAAUCAACACUCCAGCCUGGGCACUCGGUAACGACCUCGACCCGUUCCUUCGCACCAUCAGUCACAUACGCCCCACGAGCAUUUCUUACUUCUUUUCUGGAAAACGCGACGGACGGCCCGAUGAGCAGUUUCUCGGCCCAGUACGAGCCGCCUGCGAGAAGGAUGGCAUAGACUUUAGCCCCAUCGAGGCUCAUCCAAAUGCGAUACCACUUCGAACAGACUCCAGGCUGGCAAAUAUGCACAUGUUGUCGUACUUCCACUGCGAAGACCUUGACGAGGUUAACGGACAGCGGAUAUAUAACGCCACCACGCUAUCCCAGACGAACCCCUGGGAAGUCCGCUAUGGGGCUGACCCAUUAGAGUCUCUCGACUUUAUCGGGGUCCUAAUGCUAAGCGAAUGGACCGACGCCAGCUGCAUUGCCACCAUCCUCAAUGGCUCACUUAUUACCAUUGUUGAGACUUCCGAUCCUGCCAUCCAAGCCCAGUACGGCAGGCUCCCUCGCACCCCCGAAGACGUGACUAUCCGAGCCCAUUACGGCCCAAGCUCUCCCAUCCCUGCACGAUUAGCUGGCAUUCCGUACUUCCCACCAGACCAGAACAACGUGGUGACCCCCCUGGACCCCGGGAAGACUAAAGUGGUCUGCACAGCACUCAUCCGGGGCUUUGAUGCCCAGAACCAGUCACUCGAAGUCCUCGUUCCAUCGACGCAUAGUACCCUUCUUGCGGAUUUAGACCCGAAAAAGACAGUUCUUGUUUUCGGCUGCUGUGAGCACCCUACGUGGGCAUAUCUAGAGGAUACGCACUUUGACCAGAUGACAAGGAAGAAUGGCGUUAUGGGACUGAAUCCUGACAAGGAGGCGGCGUGGCGUGUAGGAAAGAGUGGUAUUAUCAUGGGCCCAUGGGUGGCAGACGCGGAGGAGGUGGAGGGGUGGGGAAAGUUGCACAUGUUGCGGAAGUUGAGACGGUUCAAGUAGUAGGAGAAGGGGGGUGGUGAUGAAGUCCGAAUUCUGGAGACUCGUGAUGGUAUUAUGAACAUAACUAUACCCCGUUGGAGCCACCCAUAACGGGGUGAUGGAUGCAGCUUGUAAGAUAAUAGAGUCUGUGUGUGAAUUGUGCUAUGAUCUGUGAC